ACCAAAGCCCGAUGGCCAUCAUCAAGCAGUCCCUCAUUGUCCUAGUGCUGCUCAUAUGCGGAGCAGGCGGCUCCACCACACCGGCGCCGGCGCCGGCGCUGCUGACGCAGGACAAUCUGUGUGUCGGCACAAGCACGUCCAACGAAGACCUGGCCUGCGUCGCCAACGUCGCACUCGGGUGCUUCGCCGAGAAUGCCGUCACCAACGAGGCUACCUUCACGCCAUGCUUCGUCCUCGCCGCCGGCAGGGAAUGCUUGGCCAAGGAUAAGGAGGAGCCCAACAAGGAGCACUGCAUCGGCCUAGAGAUCAGCAAGCAGCUGCUGCCAUGCCUUGGAGAUAGCGCCUGGACCUGCUACAACAGCAUCACGGGGUACAUCCCUCCCGUCUUCAUCGCGUGCUUCCAAGGCAGAGCCCUCAUUUGCAACCCACAGUGAUCGUUGUCAGGAUUUUCAUCCCAUCAGCUGCACCAUGAUCAACUGCUUGCUUGCCGACAAUA